AUGUGCGCUGCUGCUGCUGCUGCUGCUGCUGAAGUUUUGAAGCGGCUAAGGAAUGGGCCUGAAGCAAUUACUUUGCUGCUGAAGUGGGACUUCGACUGUCUAGCAGCACGAAGACAGCAGCAGCAGCAGCAGCAGCAGCAGCAGCAGCAGUUUGAGGUGUAUAUCGAUCUCGAUGAAGACUUGACACGACGAGAUGCUGCUGCUGCUGCUGGUGCUGGUGAAGGGGGACAGCUGCUGUUCACUCAAGGAGUAUUCUACAGAGACACUGCAGCAGCAAAGGGACAGCAAAAGCCUCACCGGCAGCAGCAGCAGCAGCAGCAGCAGCAAGACAGUCAGCAAGAAGAAAAUGCCCCGGAGCUGCAGCAGCAAGAGGAGGAGCAGCAUCAGCAGGAACUGCAGCAGCAGCAGCAGCAGCAGCAGCAGCAGCAAGAUAGGCGGCUUGGCUUGGAGCAUCUGUCUCGUCUGCUGGGCCACAACCUUGACUUAGCUGCAGCAGUAGCAGAGCAGCAGCAGCAGCAGCAGCAGCAGCAGCAGGAAGAAGGGGAGACAGAAGGAGGCCUGUCUCCUUGUGUCUCUUCGCCAGUAAUAUGUAAAGAAGUGCUGCUGCAGAAGCUGCUGCAGCAGCAGGAAGCUGUUGCUGUUUCUCAAUAUCUAGCGUUUGUUGAGGUUGACGUUGUUAGCUUCUCGAAGCUCAAACUAUUCAUGCAGGACGCAGGAGACAAUGUAGAAGAAGAGAUUUUGUCUCUAAUAAAAAAUAAUAAAGGAGACAGCUGCAUCAAAGAAGCAUCAACAGAUAUAACAGGAAGGCUAAUGGGUCUCCCUCCUCGCGCUGCAGCACCAGCAGCAGAAGUAGCAGCAGCAGCAGCAGCAGCAGCGGGAGCAACAGGAGCAGCAGAAGCAGCAGCAGCAGCAGCAGCAGCGGCAGCAGCAAAUGCAGCGGCAGCAAAUGCAGCAGCAAUAGCAGCAGGAGGUGCAGCGGGUAAACGCGGAGCAGCAGGUGCAGCAGCCCGGGCAGCAGCAGCAGCAGCAGAGACAGCAGCAGAUGCAGCAGCAGCAGCAGCAGCAGCAAAUAUAAAAGAUCCUAAUUUCUUGCUGCAGUGGCAUCUACGUGCUGCUGAAGGUUUUUAUAAUCUCGCAGCAGACAAAGCCUGGGCACAGAUGCAGACAAAGACAGGUGGUGCUGCUGCAGCACAAGGAGAGCAAAAAGAAGUUGUUGUUGCUGUUCUAGAUACAGGCUGCGGGCCUCACGAAGAUAUAAAUAAUAUACUCUGGAGAAACCUUAAAGAAGAUGAAAACAACAAAAAAGAUAAUGAUGAUAAUGGCUAUAUCAAUGACUACCAGGGAUGGGACUUCGUAGGAGAUACAAAUAAUAUUGCAGACACCUAUGGCCACGGCACCGCAGUGGCGUCGCUGAUAGCUGCAAGCUUUGAUGAUAAAGGAGGCAGAGGGGUAUCGCCUACUGGGAAAGUAAUGUGUUUGAGGGUAGGAGAUAAUAACGGUGUUCUGCUGUCUAGGCAGCUAAUGGCUAUGGACUAUGUUAUGCAGCAGGGGGCUCAGGUGUCUGUACACCCCUUCAGCCUCGAGACAGAGAGUGCGGUGUAUCGGGAGGCAUUUGAAAAACUUUUGUCUUUAAACCAUUUGGCUGUUGUUGCUGCGGGGGAUGAUGACUGCGAUUUAGACCUAGACGAGUGCAAGUCGUUUCCUGCUUCCUUUCACAUACCAGAGCCUUCAGGCCUUCUUGUUGUUGGCAGCAGCACUUAUGCUGGCAGCAAAACCCGCACCAGCAACUACGGGAAGCAAUCCGUUCACCUCUUCGCACCCGGGCACCGUCUGUACACUGCAACGGUGGUUCAGGGGUCGCCCCCCGGCAUCACAUGCACAAACUUUGGUUGUUUUGUUGCAGCAGCAGCAGCAGCAGCAACAGCAGGAGCAGCAGGAGUUGUUUUGUUGCUGCUGCAGAUAAUGCUGUCUCUAAAAGGAAGUGAAGAGACACUCGGAGAUGCUUCUCUCGCUUUGCUGCACUCUCCGCAGUCUUUUCGCGGCCCCCGCACUUACAGCUACAACUUAAGAGACAACCCCCAGCGCAGGCUUAAGCAGCAGCAGCAGCAGCAGCAGCAGCAAGAGCAGCAGCAAGAGCAGCGUCCACAGCGACAGCAGGACGAAGAGGAAGACUAUCAACAGCACCAUCAGCAGCAACAGCAGGAGCUGCAGGAGCAGGAGCAGGAGCAGCAGCAGCAGCAGCAGCAGCAGCAGCAGCAGCAGCAGGAUGAGGGAGCAAAGCAUUUGCUGCAGCGUCAGCCACUAGCUAGCAAGACAGACAGCGUAGAGCUGCCUGUCUUUGCUUACUUCCCUAUGGGUUCGUGCGAGACGAAUGGUAUAGUGUCUCUGUACAAGGCGCUGCUGUACAGCGAAGAGAGCAGCCCGCCAGAGUUCGAACCGCUCUACUCAGACUACCCUACUAUCUUCAAAGGCAGACUGCCUCCCUUCUAG